GCGCGAGGAGCGUCGGCCGGGCGGGUCUCAGCUGAUCGGCCGCGGCUGCUGGGCUUCCGAAGCUGCUGUGGCCGGCUAGGGUACCGGGAGGAGGGUGUUCCCCGCGGCCGGCUUGGCCCGGGUCCUGGGCUGGGGCUGCUGACCGCCAGCCCCGGGGAGUCGCCGAGUGGUCUUGCUCUCCUGACGCCUUGGACGCGGAGUCUGUAAAGCCAGAAGAGGAGGUUUGAUUCAGUAACUGUUUCCUCUUUUCCGGGUCGCUCUGACCCUUCUUUGGAUACUGGGUUAAUACACAGAAAAACCGAAGACGGCGUUUGGGAUUUUUUUUUUCCCCCUCCCCUGUCUUUGGAAUCUUACUUCUUUCUUGGACAAGAACUCAAGAACAAAAUCCCCGGAGGAAGAGGAAGGCAGUCCUGGAGUGGUUUCUUUACAGUACUUUCAUCAGAAGAGUGAGAAAUGGAACCUGAAGAAGAAAGGAUUCGGUACAGCCAGAGAUUGCGCGGUACCAUGCGACGUCGCUAUGAAGAUGAUGGCAUUUCAGAUGAUGAAAUUGAAGGGAAAAGAACUUUUGACUUGGAAGAGAAGCUACACACCAACAAAUAUAAUGCCAAUUUUGUUACUUUUAUGGAAGGAAAAGAUUUUAAUGUAGAAUAUAUCCAGCGGGGUGGCUUGAGAGACCCUCUGAUUUUCAAGAAUUCUGAUGGACUUGGAAUAAAGAUGCCGGAUCCAGACUUCACAGUGAAUGAUGUCAAAAUGUGUGUGGGGAGUCGUCGGAUGGUGGAUGUCAUGGAUGUAAACACACAGAAGGGCAUUGAAAUGACCAUGGCCCAAUGGACACGAUACUAUGAGACCCCAGAGGAGGAGCGAGAAAAACUCUAUAAUGUCAUCAGCUUAGAGUUUAGCCACACCAGGCUUGAGAAUAUGGUGCAGCGUCCUUCCACGGUGGAUUUCAUUGACUGGGUAGAUAACAUGUGGCCAAGGCACUUGAAAGAAAGUCAGACUGAAUCAACAAAUGCCAUUCUAGAGAUGCAGUACCCUAAAGUACAAAAGUACUGUUUAAUGAGUGUUCGAGGCUGCUAUACUGACUUCCAUGUGGAUUUUGGUGGUACUUCUGUUUGGUAUCACAUCCACCAAGGUGGAAAGGUCUUCUGGCUCAUCCCCCCUACAGCCCACAACCUGGAGCUGUACGAGAAUUGGCUGCUGUCAGGGAAACAGGGAGACAUCUUUCUGGGUGACCGUGUGUCUGAUUGCCAACGAAUUGAACUCAAGCAGGGCUAUACCUUCGUCAUUCCCUCAGGUUGGAUUCAUGCUGUGUAUACUCCUACAGACACAUUAGUGUUUGGAGGCAACUUUUUGCACAGUUUCAACAUCCCCAUGCAGUUAAAGAUAUACAGCAUUGAAGAUCGAACACGGGUUCCAAAUAAAUUCCGUUACCCAUUUUACUAUGAAAUGUGUUGGUAUGUGUUGGAGCGCUACGUAUACUGCAUAACCAACCGAUCCCACCUAACUAAGGAGUUUCAAAAAGAAUCCCUUAGCAUGGAUAUGGAAUUAAAUGAGUUGGAGUCUGGCAAUGGUGAUGAGGAAGGGGUGGACAGAGAAGCCCGGCGCUUGAACAGUAAGCGGUCUGUGCUUACUAGCCCCGUUGCUAAUGGAGUCAACCUGGAUUAUGAUGGACUUGGCAAAGCCUGCCGAAGUCUUCCAAGUCUGAAGAAAACUUUGUCUGGAGAUUCACCCUCAGACUCUAGCCGGGGAUCCCAAAAUGGCCAAGUUUGGGAUCCCCAGUGUAGCCCUAGAAAGGAUAGGCAAGUGCAUCUGACCCACUUUGAGCUUGAAGGUCUUCGCUGUCUUGUAGAUAAGUUAGAGUCACUGCCACUGCACAAGAAGUGUGUCCCCACGGGGAUAGAAGAUGAAGAUGCGCUGAUUGCUGACGUAAAGAUUUUGCUGGAGGAACUUGCCAGUAGUGAUCCCAAGUUAGCCCUCACUGGAGUCCCUAUAGUGCAGUGGCCAAAAAGGGACAAGCUUAAAUUCCCUACCAGGCCAAAGGUAAGGGUUCCUACCAUUCCCAUCACAAAGCCUCACACCAUGAAGCCAGCUCCUCGCUUAACACCUGUAAGGCCUGCUGCAGCCUCCCCCAUUGUGUCUGGAGCCAGGCGAAGAAGAGUGCGCUGUAGGAAAUGCAAAGCAUGUGUUCAAGGAGAAUGUGGUGUCUGCCACUACUGCAGGGACAUGAAGAAGUUUGGCGGGCCUGGACGCAUGAAGCAAUCCUGCGUCCUCCGGCAGUGCUUAGCACCCAGACUGCCUCAUUCAGUUACAUGUUCUCUCUGUGGAGAAGUGGAUCAGAAUGAAGAAACACAGGACUUUGAAAAGAAGCUCAUGGAAUGCUGCAUAUGCAAUGAGAUAGUUCAUCCUGGUUGCCUCCAGAUGGAUGGAGAGGGGUUGCUUAACGAGGAAUUGCCAAAUUGCUGGGAGUGUCCCAAGUGUUAUCAGGAAGACAGCUCGGAGAAAGCCCAGAAGCGGAAAAUAGAAGAGAGCGAUGAAGAAGCUGUACAAGCCAAAGUCCUACGGCCCCUGAGGAGCUGCGAGGAGCCCCUCACACCCCCGCCUCACUCACCUACUUCCAUGCUGCAGCUCAUCCAUGACCCGGCUUCCCCCCGGGGUAUGGUGACUCGGUCAUCCCCUGGGGCUGGCCCCAGCGACCACCACAGUGCCAGCCGUGAUGAGCGCUUCAAACGGCGGCAGUUGCUGCGGCUACAGGCCACAGAGCGCACCAUGGUACGGGAAAAGGAGAACAACCCCAGCGGCAAAAAGGAGCUGUCUGAAGUUGAGAAAGCCAAGAUCCGGGGAUCGUACCUCACUGUCACGCUACAGAGGCCCACCAAAGAGCUCCACGGGACAUCCAUUGUGCCCAAGCUGCAGGCCAUCACGGCCUCCUCUGCCAACCUUCGCCCUAACCCCCGUGUGCUAAUGCAGCACUGCCCAGCCCGAAACCCCCAGCGUGGGGAUGAGGAGGGGCUGGGGGGAGAGGAGGAGGAAGAGGAGGAGGAGGAGGAAGAUGACAGUGCAGAGGAGGGGGGUGCAGCCAGGCUGAAUGGCCGGGGCAGUUGGGCUCAGGAUGGAGACGAAAGCUGGAUGCAGCGGGAGGUCUGGAUGUCUGUCUUCCGCUACCUCAGCCGCAGAGAACUUUGUGAAUGUAUGCGAGUGUGCAAGACGUGGUAUAAAUGGUGCUGUGACAAACGACUUUGGACAAAAAUUGAUUUGAGUAGGUGUAAGGCCAUCGUACCCCAAGCUCUCAGUGGCAUCAUCAAGCGGCAGCCAGUAAGCCUUGACCUUAGUUGGACUAACAUCUCCAAAAAGCAGCUGACAUGGCUGGUCAAUAGGCUGCCAGGACUAAAAGACCUCCUCCUAGCAGGCUGCUCCUGGUCUGCAGUCUCUGCCCUCAGCACCUCCAGCUGCCCCCUUCUCAGGACCCUUGAUCUUCGGUGGGCAGUAGGAAUUAAAGACCCUCAAAUUCGGGACUUGCUGACUCCACCCACAGAUAAACCAGGUCAAGACAAUCGAAGCAAGCUCCGGAACAUGACCGACUUCCGGCUGGCAGGCCUUGACAUCACAGAUGCCACUCUCCGACUCAUCAUUCGCCACAUGCCCCUUUUGUCUCGACUUGACCUCAGUCACUGCAGCCACCUUACAGAUCAGUCCUCCAACCUACUCACUGCUGUUGGGUCUUCCACUCGGUACUCUCUCACAGAGCUCAAUAUGGCAGGUUGCAAUAAAUUGACAGACCAGACCCUGUUCUUCCUAAGGCGAAUUGCAAAUGUCACCUUGAUUGACCUUCGAGGAUGCAAACAGAUCACAAGAAAAGCCUGUGAGCACUUCAUCUCAGACUUGUCUAUCAACAGCCUCUACUGCCUGUCUGAUGAGAAACUGAUACAGAAGAUUAGCUAAGACAUGCUCAGCCCAGACUGAACAGGAAAAUCUUCCCCUGCCUUCCCACCAAGGAGAGUCUCUCCCUGACCCUGCGCAGGCUCUGAGGCCAAUGGCACACUCCCUCUCUGCUCUUUUUUCUCUGAGCCCUUCUCCCACAGGUGGGGCAGAGAGGAUGGUGGACACCAAGGUCACUUGCCUGCUCCUCUCCCUCCCAAGGAAAAGAGGAGAGGUUGAUCAAGGAGAAAGCACAGGCUGUGCUGUCCCAAUACCUGCUUGCUUGCUCAUCUGCCAGCUAGGAAGCUGGGCUCUCAGUUUUGGGGGAAUUUGUGCAUCUUUCAUCUGUACUGGGCCAAGAGCCCUUCCUCCUCACCCAUGGUCCCCAGCAGUGCCUGGUUCUAAAGCAAACUCCAGGGAGGAAGGCAGCCUUGCCUCCAUGGCCAGGUUCUUCUCAUGGUGUCCGUUGUGUGUCUCUCCUCCGUUACAUUCUCCCAGCUUCUGCAGGAUGGGCCAACAGCUCUAGAAACACCAAGCCUGGCUCAGUGGUGCUGUGAGGUGUCUGAAGCUUUGCUCCAUGUCUAUGCUAGCCCUUUUUUCUUGUCCCUGAGCUUAAUGCUGUCCAAUGCUCAUUCAUAUAAUGCAGUCCCUAUUCUGCUAUCACCCCCUAAACUUUCCCACUAAUCGCUGAAAUCCGUUUUUGCACUUACUGGGGUUAUUAAAAGCUCUUCAGAGGAGCUAGAAUUGUGCCCCCAGAGAUGCCCGUUUGAUCGCUACCCAGGCAUAUUCUAAGACAGACAUCAUCUCCCCUUCCCACCCAUGGUGCUGCCCACCAGCUGUCCUUUUCUAUAUGCCCUCUUUCCUGCCUGAGAAGGGUUUCCUAGAAUUCAUGUCCUCGGAAAGAGCAGCAUGUUUCCCCAGGUAUGGAAAAUGGGACUGGUUGAGUUCCCACCUGCCUCCAGGCCAGGCUUCUCCAGGCUCUGGUUUAGCAUGGCCCUCUGAGCCCAGGCCUGUGCAGCUCACUGACCUGGUGCCUUUUAAGGGGAGUCCUGAUUGAAAGCCAGUUACCUGCCCUCUGCCUGCAACCUUGGAAGUGUGUGUGCAUGUGCCUCUGUGUGUCUGGCUAAGUGUGCUGCACGUGUGUGCAGGGAAGGAGAGGGGAGCAUGUCGUCUCCCACGCCUCCUCCACCCUUCUAAAAGCCCCAUCAGCUGCCCCCUUUUACUUUGCAUUGAACGGCCUGUCCAAAGAUCCUCUCUCUAGGGCAGCAGAGAGCUUUUUGCACUUUAAAAAAAAGAAAAGAAAAAAAAAAUACGGUCGGAUUUAUUCUGGGUCAAUAUUUAGAGUGAAGAGAUGCUCAGCAGAAGCCUGUGGCCAGAGUUUGUCAGUAAUACAUGCAAAUUUGCACUCUGCUCCCCAUCUGUAGGAGAUUGAUAGCACAGCCUUGCCCCGCCUUCUCUUUCCUCCAAACAUACCCCUUCCCACUUCCUAUCCCAUUUCCUGUUAACCCAGCCUCAGGCUUU